ACACAAGGAACUUGUGCCAUAGACAGAUGAGAGAUAUUGUGAUGGAUUUUACACCGCAUUGUGCAUGGAGAAGCUGAGUGACAGCAGUAACAACGGGAGGAAAACAUAGCACCGAACACAAAUCUACACGAGGAGUGAGUCUCUCCCACUUGCAGCUAUGAGUGUAGAAGACAUCGUUUACACUGGCUGGCUCAUCAAAUCACCCCCAGAAAAGAAAUUAAAGCGCUACGCCUGGAGGAAGCGUUGGUUUGUGCUACGCAGUGGUCGAUUGAGUGGCAACCCAGAUGUCCUUGAAUACUACAAAAACCACCACUCCAAGAAACCUCUCCGUAUGAUAAACCUCACUGAAUGUGAAAACAUUGAAGCUGGCUUAAAGCUCAGUAAAAAAGAAUUCCAGAACAGCUACAUCUUUGAAGUUAAGACUCCGGCUCGUACAUUUUACUUGGUGGCUAAAACGCAGGAUGAAAUGAACAGCUGGGUACGACACAUCAGUCUAAUCUGUGGCUUUAGUUCCAGCGAUGAUGGAACAGAUUCCCUUGGGAGCUCUUCUCCUACUACCUCCUCAUCUCUCCAACCAUCUCCUGCUGUUUCAACUCAUACAUCACAGUCGAUCAAUAGAGAUCAAUUUCCCACAGUCCAAGAUACUGUAAUGGAAUCCGAGUCCAGGAGGAGUGAGUCAGAAUCCACACUCUCUGCUGUCGUGCCUCUGGAUUAUCUUAUUUUAUCUCAAUGUGAGACCAAGUCAAUUGAUAUUGCCAGAAGCAACAGCUGUUCACCAUGUGAUAGAUUACUCGAUCAUUCCUUUGAGUUGACUGGAUCAGAUGAAAUUCAGGAGAAUCCACAAUCUAAGAAUGGCACCCCAACACAAACAUCUUGCAAUGUGCCUUUAUAUAAAAAUCUGCAGGAUUCACAAAUGGUCAUUUUUCCCAGUCAAGAUCAGAGUGGACCUUCAUCAGCAUCUUCAUCUCCAUUGUCAGUUUAUUCAUUCUCACAGAUCUUUAACUUUGACAAAAACCACAAUGCACUGCCAUUUGGUGUAACAGGGAUUCACCUUUUGUCCAACACUCCACCGCCAAGGCCACCAAAACCGAACCAACUAACGGAGCGUGAAAAGACUCACAAAGUGAUUCAGAAUGGGGACGGUGCCUAUGCAAUAAAUCCAGCACCAGUACCGAAAAGAAUCCCUCUCUCAAAUCUAGAGAAAAAAAAUUGGAAAGAUACGGAGGGGUGCAAUUUACUGCCAUUUACUGAUUUCCAAGGGAACUGCAUAAUAUCUGCAAAUGAAGGGCUUAAUCUAAAUAUGAAGCUUCCUGGCCAGCAGUGUAAUACCGCAGACAGUACUGAUGAUAGCUAUGUUCCUAUGAAUCCAGGAUCAUCUCCAAUAACGCCUGCGGCUGACUGCACAUCAGAUGGGUACAUUCCCAUGAGUCCAGCAUGUACAAAUUUGGUCUUGCCAUCAGUUGUCACAGGCAAUCUGCCAAUGCCUACACUUUCCACAGACAUUGAACCUCCUCCAGUUAACAGGAACCUCAAGCCUCGAGUCAGAAAGAUGAAACCGCCACCUUUAGAUCUGACGAGCCUAUCGACAAUCAGGGGACAUUACAACCAUUCUUGUGUCAAUAGAACGUGCAGUAUGCCAUUCAGGUGGAGUACAGCCAACUGCAUCACACCAGAGAGUCAAUGUACUUCAGCCAGGAGCUUUUACAACACCCUUGAUGGAGAGUAUGAGGAAAAUUAUACUGCAAUGGAACGCUCUAGCUCUGUGUAUAAUGGUUAUGGCAGCAGUCACUGGCCCCGAACUUUGAACUUGGACUAUCUAGCCUUAGACUUCAAUGCAACAUCUCCCUCUCCUGUUCAGAAGAAACCAUUCCUUUCAUCUAUGCUGGAAGAGAGGGUAGACUACGUCCAGGUAGAUGAACAGAAGACCCAAGCUUUACAGAACACUAAACAAGAGUGGACUGAUGUACGACAAUCUUGUACCCUGUCAAAAACUUUAAAAUGACAAUUUUUAUGAACCACACCUUACAACGGAUUAAGAUGCAAACUGGAUGAAAAUGGUUCGAGAAAUAACUAAUUGAAGGAGUGAGUUGAUUUUUUAUAUUAAGAAGUGAACACACAGUGAAAAUAGGUGGCUUCCAAAUUGCUGCCUCCAACAGAGAGACAAAGAAUGUUAUAUUUCUAAUAAUGAUGCCACUGUAUUAGAUUAUUCUGAGCUAUUUUUGGUUAUAUUUUAACAGCAAUUUGUUCAGAACUGUGUCAUCUAGAAUUCAGAAGAAUACCAAAUGGUUUUAUUAACUGCUGGUGUAUAUCUCAUUUUCAUAUAGCAAGUCCGCUGUGAAAGGUCAAAAUGCAGAUCUUCUUCUAUUCUGUGCCCAAAGGCAGGUCCAAUCCAUAGCAGCAUGUUCUCCAACACAAAUGGGACAAGGAGGCUGGUGCUGAAUCUACCCCAGGCAGGUCAGGCAUUGAACCCUGUACUGUUGGUCCCAAUCUGAUCCAGACCAUCUGAGCCACACUGGCCACUGCAAUGGUCUGAGUUGCUAUGGCAAUGUGCACUUUUGCAUGCAGAUUGUAGCCUGGAGGAAAUAAUAGUGAUGGUAGAGGCUUUGCUUUUCCCUCCAUCACAUAAUGAAGCAGAAAUCUUGUCCCCUUUUUACCAGUGCGAUUGGCUUAUGUUUUAAGAAUUUACACAUUGAUGUUAAACCUCUUUUACUGUGUUACAAACUUUAGCCAUCAAGUCUUGGACUUGGAGAUGAACCCAGAGCUCCUGGCUCAGAAGUAGGUACACUGCCUACUAUGUCACAAAAUCUAAGCUCUUAGAUUAAGAAAAAAGGAAAGAGAAAAGGAAAGAGAAUAAUUUCUAUGGCACCCAGCUUGGAUUUUAAAAGUCAAUUGAUUAAAAAAGAAAGAAAAGGGCUUGAAAGAUUUCAUCAUUUUGAAAUAGCAGGUGACUCCAGUGUGCCCUGAUUUCAAUGUAGUGGAAAUACAGUGAAAUCGGAAACUGCGUUCAACAAUAUUUGCUGAGAGAGCAAAAAAUAUAAAAUCAAGGAUAACAUUUCAGCAAUUGUGUUGAUUGCAAUGACAGUGAGAGAAAUCUUGGAGGUGAAGUGUAACAAUGUCAAGCAUCAAAUUUUCCUGUGUUCAGAAGUGCAGGUGAGCUUUAUGAAGACAGUUUUGAGGUUUUAAACUAUUAGGAAAAAUUCUGAGCCUGCAGUCAGCAGGCAGGGUAUAACUAAUAAGGUUGGUAUUUUAAUGUGGUAAUUUUACCUACCAAAGGGCACCAAACACAAUGAUACGUAAACUGAUUUUGUCCUUUGGUUGGAAAGCAAUCAUUUAUAGGUUUAAGAUUUAUAUCUUUUUUACAAGUUUUGAUUUUUGCUUGUUGCCUAAGAGAAGCAAAAGACAAAUCCCUAUGAAAUCGGAAUAUAAAUGGUUUGGAAAGCUAAAAUAGAACUGCUGGACAGUUCUACAACUCCAAAUGAUAUAUGUUCAAAUUAUCUUCAGUUUCUAAUAGAACAGAAGUUUCUGCCUCAUUCUAAGAUUCCUAUUUAUGUUGGAAUUAUUAGUACAUUUAUUGCACUAGUUUAUCAGGUAGCUUUUUUUCAAAUUACAUAGAAGCAUUUAUUCUGUGACAAACAAGAAAAAUAACAUUUUUAUUUUAACUCAGGAAUAGGAUGUCAACGCUGAUAAAACAAAUACUAAAAAUAUACAUUAAAAAAACAGAAAUUGUCAAACAAGUAAACACCAUGUCCAACAUUACCAGAAGAGACGAGAAGAUAGAGUUCCUUUGUAAGAAUAAAUGAAGAGCCUACGUACAAACAUAACUUCUUCAAUAUGCUGACAGACCUGUUGCAGUAUUGGGUGAGACUUUAUCUCACUCAAAUUGCAUUUACUUACACAGAGUUAAAACUGGGCCAGUUUAUUCCUUUUAUCGAAAUAUCAGCAAUUAUUUGCAAUUUUUCAGGAAUUUUAUGGGCGAACAGAAUAAGUAGAUUUGACCCCAUCUUAGCUCAGCCUAAACCUGGUUCUGCUCAAUGGAAUCAAACAUUCCCUUCUCUUGUGAAAUAGAAACUGAAAACUAUUCUGCUCAGUGUUUUACUUUUUGCUAUAAACAAAUCCUGUUUACAAGCCGAAAAGAAAAUAUUGACACAUGUAGGCAUGGUUUAUUGUUUUUGCAAACAUUGAAAAGUCUGAAAAGGUCAUCUUGUGGUAAUAAAUGGGAUCUCCAAAUUAAUUUGUGAGAUAAUAACCUUUGCUACUUUUUCUCUGACACCUUCGCUCUCCUGUGGAACUCUUGAUUUUUUUUCACGUAGUAUAGUUGAAUAAAGAUUGAAGACUGUAGCUGGAUUCAGCCAUCAGUUUUCUUUUUCCUUUGAAGGCAUUGACUCUCAGUGAGGUUCAACACCGUUAUUAUUCUUCAUGUGCUGUUUGAGCUAAUGCAGGUGGAGGUUAACAUCAUAGCUGCAACUUAUUCUAUUCUCACCUACAGUUCAUACAUAUUCACUGGAUCCAGUGGGGAGUGAUCAAUUCCAAAGGCCAAUACUGAUUUUCAUCACUUAGCAUUAAGGACUAAUUAGAAUAUCAUAAGCACUGUUCUAAAUGAAAUCUGCUAACUCAGCACUGAAGAGGAAUAAAACCUGAGACAUAUUAAUUUUAAAAGGUUGAUGCUACUUCGAACAAUGAUCUUACACCCAAGGUCAUAUAAAAGAGAUUGUAGUCAAAAACACUAGGCAGUUUUGAUAACUUAUGUACAAAAAUUAUUGUAACCAAUACUCUCUAAGACGUUGAAAAUGCACGUAUAUAUUCAGAUUAAAUUUCUCUGUUAGAACAUUAGACAUAGGAGCAGUAUUAGGCUAUCAAACCCAUUGAAUCUUCUCCAUCAAUCAAUGAGAUCAUGACCCUCACACAAGUGGAAAUCAAGCUCUCAGAAUUCAAAAUAAAACAAAGAACUGUGGAUUCUGGAGAUCUGAAACAAAAACAGAGUCUGGGAGAAACUCCAUUCUCAAGAAGGUUCACAACUCAAAACUUACUUUAUUUUUCUCUCCACAUGUGCUGAGUUUCUCCAGCACUUUGUGUUUUUAUCUCUCAACAUAUACCCUGUCAAGAACUUUAAAUAUCUUAUCUUUCAAUAAGGU